CAUAAAAAUGUCAAAAAUCAAAAUUGUACUGUCGCCUGUUGCGAUUUUGAAUUUUGAAACAAACAAUUUUAAAUAGUCACCUGAAGUUUUCUUUCAUGUUUUGGUGAUCUGAGAUGCUACUAUUCUUUUUCCUUGACUCAAUCAUUUCUAUUCGACUUAUAUUCCUAGUGUUGUAUUGUGUUUGUGCGCUGCAGCGUUUGCUUCAACUUUAAAGAGUUCUGAUUUGAUAUGGAAAUGGAAGAAGAACCGGUGAAUCUCAUUUCUGACGAGGAAGAGGAAACAAGCUCCUCCGAUGCAGAGUCUGAAGACUCGUCUGAUGUUAACUUACCCAGCUGCAGCCAUAGAAAUCCCACCCCUCAGCAGGAGGAAGAGUCUAGCAGCUCCAGUUCUGAGUCAGACUCAGAGGAAUCUUCAGAAUCCUCUGAUGAGGGCCCUGAACCUCCCACCACAAGGGCUAGCGUAGCUAAGCACAGUGAAUGCCAAGCCAACAAAAGGGCCAUAGAAGCAAGGAAUUUUGAUAUACAAGCUAAGAAACGUAGAUUGGAAGAGGAGAAGGCAUAUCGAAAACAGAAGCUAAGAGAAAUUGAGAUCUACAGGCCUGGACAAUGCAUGAAAUAUAUGUACGUGGAAAUGCACCCCACCCUGGCCUCAGCGUGGUACAUGUCCGACGUGGCGCGUGAGUUGGAAGCAGCUGGCGCGAGGAUCCAGCCCACGCCAACGCUCGUGCAUCCUGGCCUAAUCGUAUGGACACGGGUCUUGCCCAUGAAACUCCGCACCGUGGAUGGACAGGUGCAGCUGAGUUCGUCGAAGCAGCACUGCGGCAUGUCGCUGUACGUGUGCACGUCGGACGAGGUGGCGGAGCGCGUGGCCGACAGCACGCUGAUGCCGCACAUCGACUCGCUGCGGGAGAUGGUCGACGGAGAUCUGUCUGUCAUCGUGUUUGUUAACUUCAAUAUUGGUUCCAGAAGUUCAGGCCGACGGACGGUCAACAGCAGUCGGAAGACUCUCACGGAGCUGCAGAUGGAGCAGAUCAAGAUAGACCUGCUGAUCUCGACCGGCGUGGACGUGCAGUUCAUGGACAACACGAGCGAGCUGGCCAUGUGGAUCAUGCAGUGCACCAGGGCCGUCGCGGAGGCGCCUUUCAAGAAAGCUAAGCGCGAGUUAGACUACGCAGCGUCCGGUUUUUACAUGAGAGGCGACAACAGGAAAUGCGUUGCCGUCGACAAAGAAG